CCAAGUUGUAAAGCGUACUUAUGUUUGCACCAGUUGUGAAAAAUAUAUUGUCCUUGUUUAGAAACCUUACAACAGUUUUAACUUUAUUCUUGUAUUUAAGAAAAGAAAUAUUCACCUAUUUUUAACAUAUAUAUAUAUUUUUACGGUUCUUUUUUAAUUGAAAUUUAUUUUGCUUGUAUUUACAGCUUCUCUCUUCUGCGAGACUUUGUGAUUUGGAAGUUUUCCACUGCUGCCUGCUACGAAUCUCACCUCUGCAUCAUCACACCAUCUUAUUAAUUCACUUAUACUGAUACCUCUUAAUCCUAUAGAGAUAUAUUUUAUCUAGAUAUUAAGAAAAGCACAUAGUAACAUUGAGUUAAAAGCAUUCACAAACACAUAUAAUAUUGUUUGAAUAACCAGCUUUCCGCCCCCCCAGGUGUCUUCUUUUUUUAUUCUGCUGUUACAGGAUGCCACGUAGAGGACGACGCUCCGAGGCUGCCAAGGUGAGAUGGAGGAAGCUGGAGAGUGUGCCGGUCGACGCAAAGCCUGGGACACCACCGCUCGCACCCAGCGCUUGGAACCCAACUCGGUCUCCGCCAAAGAAGAUGUCCCGACUGCUGGAGGGUGAACUGCACGACCAAAUGUCGCCUCCCGUGGUGCGUCAGGAGGAGCCCCGUGUGCCACCAACCUCUCCUGGGUUACGCCGUGGGACGGGGCGUCGCCAUCGGGUGGAGACGUGGCCAGCCUCCCGGGUGACCAGACGGAGCUGCAAGUUGGUUCUGCCUACUGCCGGGGCUCUGGAGAAGAAGUUUGCUCUUUUGGUUGGUGAUUCCCAUCUGCGUGCUAUUGUGGAUGGGUAUUCUACCAUGCCAAAGGGCGACUUCUCCUUAGGGGUGCUUGCAUCCCCCGGUGCCUCUGCGGAAGAGUUGCGGCUUGAGGUGCUGGAUGCAGUUCUGCCUCGGCCCCCCGAGGUGAUCUGUCUUCUGGCCCCAAGUAACAACUUAACCGCCAGCAGGACUUUCGUGGAGGCCGGAGCGGCGUUUGACGCUUUGUUGAGUACCGUCUGCAACCUCUCUGCUAAUGUGGUCGUUGUGGACUUUCCACCGCGCCUUUGCGUGGAGGUCAGUGUGCAACAGCUGCUGCGGCAGGAGUUUCAACGUGUGGCUGGUCAGAGAAGUAAGUAUGGACCCAUGUUGUAG